CUACCCUGCCGGCUUCGUCUACAUCUUCCUGGGCCUGUACUAUGCCACAGGCCGUGGCACUGACAUCCACCUGGCACAGUAUCUCUUUGCUGGCCUCUACCUCCUCAACCUCCUCCUCGUGUUCCGUAUCUACUGCAGAACCAACAAGGUCCCCCCAUAUGUUUUCUUCUUCAUGUGCUGUGCUUCCUACCGCAUCCACUCCAUCUUUGUCCUGCGGCUCUUUAACGACCCUGUGGCCAUGGCCAUCCUCUUCCUCGCCAUCAACCUCUUCCUGGAGGAACGCUGGUCCUGGGGAUGCUUCUUCUUCAGCCUGGCUGUGUCCGUGAAGAUGAACAUCCUGCUCUUUGCACCAGGACUUCUCUUCCUCCUUCUCCAACAGUUUGGUCUCUGGGGCUGUAUCCCCAAGCUUUGCAUCUGUGCCCUGCUCCAGGUGGUUCUGGGGCUGCCCUUCCUGGUGGUGAACCCUGUGGGGUACCUGACUCGCUCCUUCGACCUAGGCCGCCAGUUCCAGUUCAAAUGGACAGUAAACUGGCGCUUCCUCUCAGAAGAGGUUUUCCAGGAUCGGGCUUUCCAUGCCACGCUGCUCCUGGUUCACCUGGCUGGCCUGGGGCUCUUUGCACUGCACCGGUGGCACAGGUCCAAAGAGAGCAUCCUGGCUCUGCUGAAGGACCCUGCUGAAAGGAAACACGCGUCCCCUCCCUUGACAGUCAACAAGAUCGUCUUCGUCCUCUUCUCCUCCAACUUCCUGGGUGUCUGCUGUAGCCGCUCCCUGCAUUACCAGUUCUAUGUCUGGUAUUUCCACACACUGCCCUACUUACUGUGGUGCACCCCUACCGCCAAGCUUGCCCACAUGCCCAAGGUGCUGCUGCUGGGUGUCAUCGAGCUCUGCUGGAACACCUACCCCUCCACGGUCUGCAGCUCCCUCUCCCUCCACAUCUGCCACGGACUCAUCCUGCUCCAGCUGUGGUACGGCACGGCCCCCCCGCCAGUGACACACACACACCCACCAAGCAGGAGGCCUGCAGCCAUCUCCAAGAAGGCACAGUGA